AUGAACGACUUCCAAGACACCGUUCUCUUCAAAAAGGACAGCAUGAUAUUCCGCGUUGUUGGAACAAACGGGGAAGUCCAUCGAAACGCUGGUGAGUGGAAACAAGACGACUUUAUGUGGAAAGGAGACUGCCAAGUAGUGAAGAGGGACACUAAGCUUCGAGUUAUUUUUAGUGAUAAAAGUGGUGUGCCGUUUUGCUUCAGUGAGAUCAGUACAGGUGCGGUGGAGCCAGUGAAUGACAGUAGUCGAUUUUUUAUAGUGAAUGUGACGGAGACGAAUGGAGGGAGAAAGGCGAUCAUAGGAGCCGGGUUUUCUGAGAGAGGGGAUGCGAUGGAAUUUAAAGAAGCGAUUGAAGAGACUCACAAAGAGGAGAAAGGGAGAGAGGAGAAACUAGAAGAGGAGAGUCAUGUGGAAGUUGAGGAUUUUGAAAUCGGUGAGAACGAGAAGGUCACUAUUCAAGUGAAAUCAAAUAAGGCGAUUCAAGACACUUUUGGACAAAUUGGAGAACUAAAGGAAGUGCCACCACAAGUUGGAUUUGAGGUGAGUCAAGUCCAAAAGAUCGACUUGGAAGAACAGAAAGAAGAAAUUGUGUUAGUCAUAGCUGAUCAAAAGAACGAAAGCGGACAAGGCGAGUCAAAAAUCGAUUUUGAUGUGUUUGGUCAACACAAACAAAAUACACAAACAAUUGAAUCUAAAAAUGAUACGUUCGACAUUUUCUCAAGCUUUUCGAGUGGAAGUAACACAUCAAAAAGUACGAGCGAACCACCGAAAAAGGAACCGAAUACAUUAAAUUUGAUCGAUUUCGGAAUGCUCGGCGGAGGUCAUAAGGAAAGCCAACAAAACAAAAAUACACAGAAAAGUUCGUUCGAUAUAUUCCUCUUCUAA